AUGAGUUCCCGUCAUCAGUUAUGGGACGAAAGCAGUCCAGUGGUGGCUCACGAUAAUCAUAAUGAUAGUGCUGUUGUUGAGAUGACUUCCGUUCCUCCUGGAUCUUCAUCUAAUCACCAUCUCAACCCUAUUCAGCGUGUUGCUAUUCCUCUUAUCCUCGGAGGCCAAGAUGUGGUUGCUCGAGCUAAGACUGGUUCUGGAAAGACCUUUGCGUAUCUCCUUCCUUUACUUCAGAAGCUCUUUACUCAGUCAACUUCAACGAAGAAACUUGCUCCCACUGCAUUGAUUCUUGUUCCCACAAGGGAAUUGUGUCAACAGGUUUGUUCGGAGGCUAAUUCGCUGAUUGAACUAUGUCGGGUGCAAUUGAGGCUUGUCCAAUUGACAAGCUCCAUGUCUGUUUCUGAACUGAGAACUACCUUGGCGGGGCCUCCGGAAAUUGUUAUAUCUACUCCUGCUUGUAUAAAGACAUGCUUGUCUAAUGGAAUUAUUCAACCAAAAGCUGUUCAAGAUUCUCUCUCCUAUCUCAUUCUCGAUGAGGCAGAUCUUCUUUUGUCGUAUGGAUAUGAAGAUGAUCUGAAAGCUCUUACAUCUCAUAAACCAAAAGGUUGCCAGUGCCUUUUGAUGUCUGCAACCUCAAGUUCUGAUGUUGAAAAGCUGAAGAAGCUUAUUUUACAUAAUCCCUACAUCUUAACUUUGCCUGAGGUGGGCGACACAAAGGAUGACAUUGUCCCAAAAAAUGUUCAGCAAUUUUAUAUUUCUUGUGCUGCUCGUGAUAAGCUUGUUCAUAUCCUUGCCCUCUUGAAGCUAGAGUUGGUUCAGAAAAAAGUGCUGAUAUUUACAAAUUCAAUUGACAUGAGUUUUAGACUCAAACUAUUCUUUGAGCAGUUUGGGAUCAAGUCUGCAGUGCUAAAUGCUGAGCUGCCUCAGAGUUCUCGUCUACACAUCCUUGAGGAAUUCAAUGCUGGGCUAUUUGAUUACUUGAUUGCGACUGAUGAAAGUCAAUCAGAAGGAAAGGAACAGGUUGAUGAUCAAAAUGGCGGUGAGCGGAAAAAAUCGAAAAAACACCGAAAGCAUAAAUUGGAUGCAGAGUUUGGCGUGGUCAGAGGGAUAGACUUCAAAAAUGUGCAUACUGUGAUAAAUUAUGAGAUGCCUCAAACUGCUGCAGGCUAUGUACAUCGAAUUGGACGUACUGGAAGAGCAUAUAAUACUGGAGCAUCUGUUUCUCUUGUUUCUGCUGAAGAGACAGAAAUAUUUGAAGAGAUUAAAUCUUUACUGGGGGAAAAUGAAGACAAGGUGUCACAGUUUAUUGCCCCAUUCCCAUUGCUGAGUAAAAAUGCAGUGGAGUCUUUGCGUUACCGAGCUGAGGAUGUUGCAAGGAGUGUUACAAAAAUUGCUGUAAGAGAAUCACGGGCGCAGGAUCUGAGGAAUGAAAUUCUUAAUUCUCAAAAGUUGAAGGCUCAUUUUCAAGAUAAUCCAAAAGACUUAGAUCUUUUGAAGCAUGAUAAGAUGUUAAGCAAGAAGGCACCUGCCCCACAUCUACGUGAUGUACCUGACUACCUAUUGGAUCCAACAACACAAGAAGCUAGCAAGAUUGUGAAGCUGGCCAGAGCUGCAAUGGGCAAUACGAAUCCAUCUCGCGGCAAAGGAUCGAAAGGAAGGUUCAAAAGAAGCAGAGACCCUCUUAAAACAUUUUCAGCUGAGGCACCGAACCGAGCAGGGAAAGGUGGGACGAAGAGAAAGGCAAAAGAUAUUGAUAAUGACCAUAAACAGAAGAAGAAACACCCCGCCUAAUUGUUUGAUACAAGGAAUUGUAUUUUAUACAAACUUUGAAUUAUUUAUUAAUCAAUUUUUUUGAAUGCGCUCUCUGAGA